AUGAACGUCUUCGACACGUGUUUGGCGAGGGUCAAGAAGUACAUCCGCGAUGUUCUGACGCAACGUGUGAUUUGUCCUGGCAAAUGGAACCCGGAGAACAAAAAGCUCCGACAACUUCUGCGCAUGCGCUACCACGUUUGGGAUGAUGAGCAACCCGGCGAGGGUUUUCAAACUAUGAACAGCCUGUAUCCAACUUUGUGGGCAGAAUUCGUUGGAGCAGGAAAAGCUCAAAAAAAGCUAGGUAAAUGAACAUUUAGAUACUAAAGUUCUCAAAAGAAAAUGCGUUUACAGAUGAAGCCUCUCAACAGCAGAUUGAGGAUGUGGGCUUGAAGCUAGAAGUAGCAAGUUUGGAAGACAUCGACAAAGCAGAGUUGCCAGCGGGAGAUGCCGGUCAAGACCGUGUUGUUGCGGAAGAUGACGUUGAUAACCUGGCUAACGGAAUCGUUGACGAAGACGACGACGAAACAAAGAUUGAGGAAAAUGAGGUAGGCAAAAGUAGAGAUUCAUUAUUAUAAUGAUUAUUAUAUUGCAGCUUAUCGAUGUGGCUGUAGCAGAACUGAACCCGGAAGUUCAACUCAACAUGGAAGCGUUAAGAGUUUUGAGAAGGAUGACGCACAUCAAGCGCUGUUCAAAGGACUGUCCAGAACCAUUGCUAACGUAAGUUUUAGUUAUUGCAAAAUUGAACUUUUCAUUAUUUAGGAAAAAUUCCAUGAUUCACGACCGCUUGCUUUCGUUCGCAAACUGUAAGGAGAACGACAAUGAAACAAGUGUUGAGCGGCUGCUGAAGGAUGGCGAAGUGGAGUCAUUCAUUUCGACACACAAAGCAUGCUUUGCUGGUGCACGAUCGAUGGAAAAACGCGUGAAAAUUGUUCGCAUUCUCAACGAUCUGCGAGUUAAGCUGAGAAAAAGCCUCGAGGAUGGGUCAAACAAGGUAUCUAUCUAAAAUUAUCUACGCGUGACAUAACAAACAAUAUUUAAGGAUCUGCAAGAAGUUUUAUCCAUGAGGGACACUCCUAUCUAUGUACGUUUGGAGUUCGCGAGGACCUUCCAAACGUACCAAGACGUUUCGCGGCACACAGAAUUUUUCGUUGCUCAAAGAUGUGAGUUCGUGCGAGAUAUGUUUCUCAAACGAAUGGAAAAUCUCGAAAUGGAGAGAUGCGAGCUCUGCAACAUGAUAACCACAGCAGCUGAUCUUUCGAAGGUUUGCACAAUAACUUUGGAUGGGAAAAAAAAUGGGAACCUUUGACGUAUUCAGCGCACUUUGACUGCGAUGAAUUUUGCCCUCAGCGAAAGGCAGCGAGGUCUCUACAAAGACCGUGAGACAAUCGACGUCUGCCGCACGUGUACCAGAGUGAUGCCGGGUGGAAAAAAAGUGUGAGUUUGUAUUUUGACAACAUGAAACCUAAUCAAAAGCUCUGUCUUUCAGAGUUCCACUUGCCGCCGAAGUAAAUGGAAUGAUGUGCGAAGACACCCCGGAGGAGCUGAAGAACCUCAACUGGAUUGAAAAAUGUUUGAUCCAGCUCGAACGCCCGAUCCAAAGCAUUGUCGAGUUGCGUGAUAUCGGAGGGCGCAAAACGGGAGUCAAAGCAACCACGGGAGCAAUGGUGGUAGUGCCGGUACCACUGCAACCAACGCACGACCAUGUCGCGAGCACUUUGCCAUCGGAUUCCAAGCUGCUACUGAAUGUCAACACAAACUUUGGUGCGACUCGUUGUGUAUCUCUGCCGAAAAGUGCUGAAUGCUUUGCAAUGGCUCAAGGAGCAUAACCCUUUCUACAGCCAGAUCGAAAUCAAUGACCAGUUUGAAUUCUUCGGAAGACAACGUCACUUUCGCCAAAAACAACAAGAAUCAAGACGCGAAAAACCUAAUUUCCAAAGACGACGACGGCCACUUGUUGACGCAGCAACACACCGAGGUUCAAGCUGUCCGCGAUGUGAAUCCACCUCCGAUCGAAGGCUUCGCAAUGGACAAUUACCGGUUGAAAAGUCAUCGGUACAACCCAGUGUCCAAUGAUAAUCCCGACCUCGAAGCCAAGGCUUUCCCACAUCUCUUCCCGACGGGAAGAUUUCAUUUGGGCUACGAGAGAGCUUCCCCGAUGAACCAGGCGAAAUAUCUGCACGCUCGCAUUGGAAACUGGAAGUCGGAUAUGCGCCGAGACUACCAGUAUUUGUGUUGUCAACUAGGAAAGCGAAUGCAAACAGUGAGUUUCGAAUUAUCAUACUAAACUAAAUUUCAUUUGCAGGACCUGCUGAACAGUCUCGGAACACAGGCCAGAAUUUCGCGGAAUAUGACAAAGGGCGACAUGCUUGGAGCUUUGACAGAAGAACGAAACUCCUAUUCGAUCAACAGCGUGUUUUCGGAGCUGCGGGGAUUCGGCCCUUAUUGGAAUAAGAGGUAACAUUAGAAUCUAAAAAAAAAGUUUAUAUUUAUAUGGUUCAGAAAGCUGGAAGUGAGGUCACAUAUUGAAAGCUUUGGAACUCCGACGUGGUUUGUCACGCUGAACCCUGCGGAACAGCAUUGGGAUGACGUAAGUUGUUAACGCGACUUGUUCUGACCUUAAUAAGUAAUUGUUUAGGUUUUGAAAAUCUACAAACGAUUCUAUCCUGACACGACGUCGGAGAAUAUUCGGCAGGCGAUUGCUGCCGACAGCUACCACUGGUGCCGGUACUUUAGGCGACGCAUGGAUGCGUUCUUCGGCGAGGUAAUCCAGAAAAUGCAUUAAUGAAACAGUUUUUUUAAUUUAUUUUUUUUCAGGUGCUGCUGAAAGAUAAUGGCCCGUUGGGUACGGUGCUCCAUUACUUCUGGCGCAUCGAGUACCAGCAUCGGGGUACGCAGCACAUCCAUUGCAUCCUGUGGACUGCCGAUCGGCCAGCGGCGACAGCAAGCCCGAAGGAAAUUGCCGAUUUCCUCGACAAAUAUGUCACGGCCCGCAUGCCGGACGAGAAGUCUGAGCCCGAACUUCAUAAGAUAAUAUCGGAGCAUCAGGCACGUCCCUUUUUCAACUAUAGUCAUUAUAUCCUUUAUUUUUAGAUGCAUUGGCCCCGGCACUCGAAAACCUGCUUGCGCACGAAGAAGCGUCGCGGCCGUUUCACGCAAACGUGCCGGUUAGAAUUUAUACGUUUCAAAUGCAGUCGGGUAAUCCAAUCAAUUUAAGUUUCGAGUUCCCGCGUCCGGUACUUGCUCAAACGGUGGUGGGAGGCGCACCGAAGCAUUUGUCCUGCUUGCCCGGCGUCAGCAAGAAACAAUACCAUUUGAUGAGACGAGAAUCGGACAGAGUAAGUAUUUUUUCUGCUAUUUUCAACAAAAAAAAGUGUUCAUUUGAGAUGGUCAACGACUACAACGCCGAGAUUUCCAUGAUUUGGCAAGCGAACACAGACGUGCAGUUCAUAAUGGGUGGUACCACGGAAGUCACCAACUACGUGACUGGUUAUGCGACAAAAGCUGAGAAAGCCAAAGGAACGAGUCUGUUUGAUAUGAAAGCGGAAGAUCUCAACGGCAAAGUCAUGUUCAAGACAAUGCUCGACCUUUUGCGCCAGAAAGUAAAUCAAACAAUUUGAAGCAUCUAUUAUUGAAACCGUUAUUUCUAGGAAAUCGGCACUCUGGAGAUGUUCGAUAUUUUCGCGGGUCAUACUCUGUUUGGGUUUGAUGCCGGUCACGAGUUCAUCAACAUCAACGAGGACAAAAAGCGCAACCGACAGCUCAGGCCCUACGAAGAUCUACAGAAAAACCAACAGAUGCCAGCUUACGUUGAUAACUUCACCGACACCUAUUAUCCGAAUCGGCCAGCUGCGUUGGAGGUUAAAAAUUGUAGAAUGAUUUCGAAAACAAGUGUUUUUGUGAACUUUAGAACUUCUCGCUCAUGUCGUUGGCUUUGAAUUUUGAAGUUGUUGGCAAAAAACAAGCAUUGGAUAAGGGCAAGAAAACCGAGUUUUUGACGAGCGAUGAACUGCGAGUGCGGCUCAACGAACAAGCUACUGCAGGUCGCAAAGGCUCAGUUUACUGCGGAGCCAAAGCCGUCAAGUAAGCACAUAUAUAUCCCCAAUGCGGAGAUGUAACAAAGGCGUUUUCAGUGAUCCGGUCUCCCCGUGGUAUUGUUUCCCGUCCAUCAGCACUGGUACCUGCGUCGAAUUCGAAUAUGCUCAUCCCGGGAGCGAUUUGACCUACAAAAAGUACUUCAGGAAACGCAAACAGCAGGUUUGGGUUUUUCCAAAUCAAAAUCAACUAACGUGUUCAGGUAAUGCGUACUUUCCUGCCCGACGUGGAAGGUGAUUCGAACUCCGUCUGCGAUUUCUACAGACGUGUCCUCAUGUUGUUUUGCUCGUGGAGAGAAGAACCAGAAGCGUUUCCCACCACAGAAGAAGCAUUCGCUGCGUACGAUAGGUAAAUAUCCCUAGUUUUUUAACCUCUUUUUUUAGGUUCAUCAAAGACGUCAAGCAAAAAAAGCGAAGCAGCCGCCGACGAUAUUUCGUCGUACGUUGAUGGCGUGAGAGAUGGAAAAACGUCAAACAAGAGAAAAGCGCGAACUAUGGGCUCGUGUUCGGGUGAGGAGCAAAUUUGAUUGAUUGAUUGACUAUUUGAUAUUUAUUCAGAAAGCCAUCAAUCAGCUGACGUUUGAAGACCGUGAUGAAAAUGAAGAAGACGACGGCGACGACGAACAUCGCAAAGGCGGGCCGGCAAAAGUAGCUGCAAGGACUGUGAACGACGACGCAUUCAAAACGAAUCUGGCCUCAAUGAAUCAGAAGCAGCAGGAGAUCUUCGACGACGUUAUCGAAGGGGUCAAACAGCAAGCCGUUGCAAACCAUGUAGGUGUUUUUCCUGUCUGUUUCAAAUCCAUCAAUCCCAUGAAUUCCAUAAAGAAAUUUUCAGGAUGGAAAAAAGGGAAAGCAGAUCUUGAAAUUCGUGUCAGGAACCGCUGGGACUGGCAAAUCGUUCUUGAUCAAUCUUCUCGCUGAUCAAUUGACAAGAACGUAUACAACUCGCGAAACGGCCGGCACUCUUCCAGCAGUUCUACUUGUUGCGCCCACAGGACUCGCUGCUUUGAACAUCAAAGGCAGCACAAUGCAUAGCCUGUUCAAAAUUGAAGUAAGUUCGUUUAGGAUUCCAGAGCGUUUAAAAAAUUCAGCGUGAAAUAUUAGCCACUGGAUGCGGAAAUCAGUGAAGAAUAUUUCCCAGUGGAAAAUAUUUUCCACUUGAGAAUAAUUUCCAUAGGAUCUUGGCUCCAAAAACUUAAUUUUCGGAAGUCUAGUGGAAAAUAUUUCUCAGUGGAUAAUGUUUCCUAAUACAGAAUAUUUUUUAUCUUCAAUGGCACAACGCUUCUGAAUGAAUAAUGGAAACCUUUUUUCAGGUGCAAAAAGGGAGAUCGCUUGACUUCAAGGCGUCGCAUUUUGAUGAUGCCGGUGAAACGCGCGAACUUUUUCGCAACGUCAAGCUCAUCAUAAUCGACGAAGUUUCGAUGUGCGCCAAUUGGAUGCUGGUGAAAAUUCACCUGCGUCUCCAGUCCAUCAAAGGAAAUCAUCACCUUUUUGGCGGCGUGAAUGUCAUAGCGUUGGGAGACUUGCUGCAGCUUCGACCCGUCAAUGCUGGCCGUGUGUUCGAGGUGCUCGAUGCGGUCAAAGUGGCUGAGAUCUUCGGCAGCAUAGCUCCACCCUUGACGCUGUGGUGGCAGUUUUCGUACAGCGAGCUGACGGCGAAUAUGCGCCAAAAGGAAGACCAAAUCUUCGGCGACAUCAUGGGGCGAAUGCGUGUUGAACAGCUGACGGACGAAGACAUCUCCAUUUUGAAGUCAAGACUCAUCAUGAAGAUCAAGGACGACGUUGAGCAGUCGUGCAGCAUCGAACACGCCGCCGUUUACUAUCUGAGUUUGUUAGAACGCGACCCAACGGCAAUGGCACUGAUGCCCACGAAUGGAGAAGUGAUGGAGUUCAACGAAGCGGUACUAAAGACGCUUGGAGCCGAAACGUUCGUCGUGCUUGCCGAAGAUGUUGAAGAGAAGUCGCCAAUCGAAAACGUGCUGGAUGGGCAGUCGGAAGCGGAUCGUCGGCGUCGAGAUCGAAUUUAUCAGCGUGUUGACUACAGCAUUGUCGAAAAGGUAUUUUUCAGUUUUUUUUUUACACAGAAGAAUUUGAUUACAGAAGAAAAAGAAGACUCCAAAGCUGAAAACGGAUGAAGUGGAUCCCAUGGGUAAAAAGAGUGGAGGACUUGCGGCUAAACUGACGUUGGCACUGAACGCUCGGGUCAUGCUUCGACGAAAUCUUGAUGUUUCGAAAGGUUGAUUUUUUAAUUUUUUUGAAAAUAAAAUUGAGUUGAUAUAAAAAAAGAAAGUUUUUUAGGACUAGUGAAUGGCAGCCAAGGAUAUUUGAAAAACGUGUACAAGAGCCAAGGGGAAAUCAUCGCACUCGGCGUAGUCUUCGACGGGUUCGACGUCGAGACAAAAAUCGUGAAGGAAACGGCCGUCUUCAACGUGAGCAAAGAUGAAAGGCGGCGAAGAACGCAGUUCCCUCUGAUGGUGGCCUAUGCAGCAACGGUCCACAAGUCGCAAGGUUAUUAUCAUACAGUUUUUAGUGAAAACAAAUAAAAGUUUUUGCAGGCAUGACGAUUCGAAAUGCCGUGAUAUCGACUCGGUCAAUGUUCUGCGAUGGCCAGGCUUUUGUAGCCUGUAGCCGUGUGCGUUCUCUCAAUGGAUUGCACUUAAUUGACUUUCACCCGGAAAAAGUGCGCUGCGACAUAGUUGCCCUCGAGGAAACGAACCGUCUCCGAAGUUUGGUCGAUCUACCGCCGUAUCCGAUUCCAGUCAGGACUACAAAGCCACCAACGACAACAAAAACAACAACAACAACAACAACAGCGGACCCGAAGAAGCCCAAGCGCAUAAGCGAUGGUCAGUUGUGACAUAUACGUAUUUUAUUAUCUUAAAGCUGAUCUCGUUGUCACGAUCGGCAGUCCAAGCAAAUCGCCACGGAAAAAGAAGCCCGCAACGGGUGUUCAACAAAAGUUCAAAAAUGGUAUUGAGUUCGGUUUUAGAAUUAGAGUUGAAAAUAACAUUUUACAGCGCUGUACUUGCGAAAUGUUUCACACACAGAUUGCUUCGUGAACUCUGUGAUCAAUUUGCUUGACUGUGUACCGGAGUUGAAGAAUGACAUUGUGGCGGCCGCGUCAGAAGUUCGAGCAAUCGGAGACAGAAAUGAGGCUUUGUUGGUGGAGUUGUCGAAUGUUUUGACUGGGGGCAUCGAUAACGUCACAAAACUCCGCGAGAAAAUGCGCCCAGAACGCCAGACGGGUACCGGCGAUGUGAAAGAAGCUUUUCAGGACAUCUUUGAGGUACAUACUUAAUCAAAAAACAGGUUACAAGUCUAUUUAGUGUCUACCCGCACACAUAAGGGCGCAGUUCGGUUUCGUUCUGAACUCUACUCUUGUUUGCCCUGGCUGUCCUCAAAAUGAACUUGUUAUGGGUCGACGCAGAGAUUUGGACCGAUUCGAGCUCUUCUUCCAUGGAAAUGCUCUCGAAGUCGAACUCGAGAAUCAUAUAGCGGUUUGUGAACUUAAAAUACAAACGAAGCAGAUGAUGUGUUUCUUUUCCUAGGAGCUUACGCCCCUGUGCCCUUGUGGAAGCCGUCGUACAGUGCGGAACGAAGUGCGAUUCGGAACAAGUACAAUUCAGAAAAACAAGUAAAUUGUACAUUUAAAUAAUUCCAGAUUCGUCAUUUGUGCUCUUCAAUCUGAACAUGGACGUACAAGAUCCUCCUUGCUGGCGAGAGGCUAACGAGCCUGUGACGAGUGAGCUCAAAUAAAAAGCAAAGGACCAACUAUUGUCAAAUUUCCAGACUUUCUGGGCAAUGAGCUUGUUCUUCAUGGCGCCAUCCAGUUCGUACCCGGCGGAAUGAACCAUUACAUCUGUUGGAAGCGGGAAAAGUGGCGGUUUCGUGAAGUUGGACGACAGCUACGUCACCAAGGAAAAAGCAAUUCCCAACGAAGGCAAAAAUUUUGUUAUGGCUCUGUACAAACGCAUCAACAUUCCUUCGAUGCGAGCAACGGUUCCCGAGGAGAUGGAAGUAGUCGAGCUUGACUGA